AUGUCACCAAGAGCAACCACCGACAUACAGGAAACAAUUCCUCUUAUAUUUUCCAACGGCGUUGAAAUGAGUGACAAUGAUGGGAAGAAGGAAAUUGUGCAGCCUUUCAAUUCGGGGUUCGAAAGCGCCAAGCCUGCCGAAAGCCGUGAAGCGACCAGCGACAACGAUGAGAGCAAUCCUCAUGGCAUCGUUCAAGCCAGUGCCCUCGACGAAAAUUCGGAGAACUAUGUAACCCAGCUCAAAAAACGCUUGGAUUCAAUAGAGAAGGAACUGCGUUCUGUGAAGAACUCGCGAAGAGGCGAUAGUGGGGAAAUUGGAAGGGAAAAAAGGGAUACUAGUAGCCCAGAAAAGGAGAAAGAGGAUGCGGAACUACAGAAACGGCAAAAAGUCGAAAUCACGCGAGUUCCGGCAGAUCAAUGGCGAAACGUCAAGACGGAGGGUAAACUUGAUCCAAAGCUGAGCGUGCUGAUUGUUUCGUCCAAAAGAACUGUCAAGAUUGCACGGCGACGCAAGGACAAUGACCAAAAGAUGGGGGAGAGCGCUGCGCAAGACAUCAGAAGCGCAGAGUUUUCACCUGUGGAGACUCCAUACCGUCUUGCUAUAAACUCCACAUAUCUACUGAAGGUUUUAGGGCAAUGCACCGAUACCAAUUUCCCGACUGAGCAAAAUGUCUUGGUACGCCCAUUCAAACAUCUUGUUGCCUACGAAUCGGAGAUCAGAGAAUCGUUGAAAGAGGUUGAGACUAUUUGCGAUCAGGCAGAGGCCAGACUUAACCAGCACGUUGGAAACUCUACCUCUGGAAGGAACGUUGAAAAUGCUCCCAUGACUGCCAAUGUUCCAGCUGGAGAAGAACUCACAGACGCCAAUGCCAAAGACGAGAACACACUUGAGGAAAAAGCUCGCGAGGCAAGACGAAAUAGAGACGAACUUCGCUGUCUCGUCGAAUUUAUGGAUAAAGACAUGUCAGAUAUUUUCGACAUCAAGCUUGCAGCCUCCACCCACACUCUAGAAGAAGUCGCCUUCGAACAUCUGUGGCAAGUUUAUAAGCCCGGUAUUGUCAUCUAUGGCUCGAAUCAGCGAGGUGACCCAAAUAGGUGCCAGGCCUACCAUGUGCUCCAUGUUACAGGUGGGCGAGUUUGUUUUGAUAAUGGCAUUAAAUCUUCCUUCCACGCUGUUAACAAUCGACAAUGGGAAUCAGAGUCCGAAGGUGAUGAGCAGUGUUGCGAUACCGUCAAAUCAACUGUUUUAGACAGGACAACCUUCAUUAUUGAUUGCUACCUUCUUGACUUCGAUGGAUAUAGGAUCGGUCCAAAACCCAAAAGAUUCGCUAUCCUUCCGUACACUGGCAAACGUUCGGUGUUGUCCUUCGCUGUGUACCCAUCCGAGUAUGAUCCUAAGAAUGAAGAUAUUCGGAAAAAGCUGAUUGAGAGGGGAAACCGGUUUACGAGCCUUGUCCUGGGAGCUCACAAGAAAUAUUCUGGCAUGACACUUAGGGAAGCAAAUCAGGUUACGAAAAGCAUAAAUCGCUUGGCCAAUUAUGUUAUUGCUGACGUAGAGGUGAAGAGUGAGGUGAUGAUAGAUCAAGCUUCCGGCGUGGAGCACUUCAAGAAGAAAUUUUAUAAAUGGCAAAUCAAAUUCGGUGGCAGUAUCAUCAAUCGUUCCACUGAUGCAGACAGGAGAGAAGUCUUCGAUGCUCUCCCAAGAAUCAAGAACCAGCCCUGGAUUACAGACGUCUUUGAUGACUCUAACUUCGAAGAGGAUCGUCGAAGUGAGUUUCUACGAUCCACCGACGAGUUGGCAUUCCGUCUCCUACGGGACUCCCCAUUACCUGAUAACUUCCUUACAUUGCUUCCUCCGCGGGUCUAUGGAUAUGCAAUGCUUCACCACAAAUGGUUUCCCUUAGAUAUCAAUCUGAUCGAAGAUAUCACUGAAGUACAAUCGCAGAGGAUCAGGUCUGGCUUAGAAAAUUUGGUGUUGCCGAAGGGUCAUAGGAUGCUUCUUCAGGCUCUGAUCAAGAACCAAGUCGGAACUCCCAAGAAAACAUCUGGUAACUCCGAUGACGAGAUGGACGAAUUUUCAAUGGACGUUGUUAAGGGCAAAGGAAAGGGUCUGAUAAUUCUUCUUCAUGGGGUUCCUGGUGUUGGUAAAACAUCUACGGCUGAGUGUGUCGCCGCUCAAUUGAGGAGGCCACUGUUGCCCAUUACGUGCGGAGAUAUUGGCACCACUGCAUCCACAGCACAGGUAACCCUCGAGUACUUCUGUGAGUUAGCGCAUAGAUGGAGAUGUGUCUUGCUUCUUGAUGAAGCAGACGUCUUCUUAGCCAAGAGAGAAAAAGGUGACAUUGAAAGAAAUAGCCUUGUGUCCGUCUUUCUACGAGUUCUCGAAUAUUAUUCCGGUGUAAUAAUCCUGACAACCAACCGAGUCGGCGAAUUCGACGAAGCAUUCAGAUCCCGCAUCCAUAUCAGUCUCUACUAUCCACGCCUAGAUCGCCCCUCAACAAAACAAGUCUGGGAGCGAAACAUCUCCCGCCUCAGACAAAGCGGCCUCGAUAUUGACAUUGAAGAAGAUAGGAUUCGGAAAUUCUACGAACGACACUGGGCCGAGAAUAUCGAACACCCUUCCCGUCGCUGGAACGGCCGACAGAUCAAGAACGCCUUUCAAACCGCUUUAGCACUAGCCAACUGGGAUUUUCACGACGCGCAGGAAUCUUUGAGGCUCGAAAGACCAUUGUUGAAAGCCGCGCAUUUUGACAGGGUAGCGGAAACUAGUGCCCAUUUUGAUGAUUAUAUCAGUGAUAUCCAUGGGUUGAAGGAAGAGGAUACUUAUGGGAUUCUUGCUGAGCGGGAAGAGGUGAGGAAAGAUACCAACCAAGGGAUCUAUCCGAGGUCCCGUGUGCCAGCAGGGGGUUCCAGAAAGCAAGCUCCAUUGCAUCGUCGUGGUGGUCGGACUUAUUCAUACGAUGAUUUCGACGAUGCAAGUCCUGACGAAGAUGAUCUCGAAUCCCGUGCUCGAAAGGUACCAACUGCUCACCGUGGCUCUAGGAUUCGAGGAGAUUAUGGUGAUGAAGAAGAAGAUUAUACAGGCACUCGUAGCAGGAGCAAUGUCAAGUCCCGUCGGGGUGCAGGUCGGACUCGGGAUCAUGAUGAGGACGAGAUUGUUGAAGGCGAUGAUCUUGACGACGUUCAAAGGUUAGAGCUAGAACUUAAGCUUGCGAGGCUAAAAAGAAGAAAAGGAUCGUCUCAUGGAAGUGAAAUAGAGGGUAAGGAUGAAGAGUUAAAUUAUUGA